AUGGCGAUGGUGGAGACGUUGGCCAAGCAGGACAUAGGAGCGAAGAGCAAGGCGGACCUCGAGAGCUCGAUCCAAGCACUCAACCAAAUGGACGAGCACCACGUCGCCGACACCUUCCCGCUGUGCAAGCUGGAGAACGUCUUCAAGAACGGCCCGUGCAAGAUCCUCUUCACGUGCCGCAGCCAGGAGAUCAGGCAGCACAUCAUGAACGCGCUCCACAACGGCAACAGGCAAGUAUGCACGGCACCAGCCCCGGCGGAAUUCGUGGAGGACGAACUAGCUCUAUGGAUGGAAGCGAUGAUGGAGGAGCUGUGA